AUGGAUAUCGUCACUGGAACCAACAAGACCAAUGGGCCCUGCAACGGAGGAGACAGCAAGAUGGAAGGAAUCAAACCGAGUAAACUCGGACAUGAAGGCUCACGUAUAUGGCUAGCAGAGGCAUCUGGAGACUACUCAGUUAAAACAGGGUAUCAUGUAGCUUUCUCUCUACAACAACAAGAAGACAUGAAUCACCAAGAUGAUGAGAUUUCAGGAAUCAACUGGAACAAAGAUGUAUGGAAAGGGAAAACCUCGCAGAAGUUGAAAGUGUUCCUCUGGAAGCUGUGUAGUGGGGCACUUGCUCUGGGAGAGAACCUUCUUAACCGAGGAAUCGAGAGCAAUGCUACUUGUAACCGGUGUGGAGACCUUGAAACGCGGGAUCACUUCCUGUUGCAUUGUGCUUUCGCAAAACGAACUUGGGAACUAGCUCCGAUAGCAAAUCGACAGGCGACUAUGACCAAUCAACCCUUCAUCGAGAUACUCCAGAGCUCGAAAACUUGGAUCAGCCUCCCGCCAACGGGUCUAACCGGUGCGUGGAGCUUUCCCUGGAUCGCCUGGAGCUUAUGGACCAACCGCAAUAACCAAAUCUUCGAGGACAGGGGCCUUACACCCAUGGACACGGUCACAAAAGCAAUGGCCAGCGCCCGCGAAUGGGAAAGGGCUCAACAAGCUGUGGCAACUUUGGAGAAGAAAGGGAGAAGCUCACUAAGCCACCAAUCGGCCGAUCACCCGAAAAUCGUAAAUGUGGAUGCAGCUUGGAGAACCGACACUAGAAUAGCCGGAAUUGCAUGGAGUUUCUCUGACAGCAAUCAAGCAAUCCUGGAAGAAGGGAACAGCACGGAAUUCCCGGUCCUCUCCUCUCUCGCAGCGGAGGCAAUCGCAAUCCGAGAGGCUAUGAUCCAAGCAAAGGCUAGGAACUGGACCAAUCUCUGCCUCAGAUCCGAUUCACAAACGCUUGUCCGAGCUAUCAGAUCAAACGACAAAAUUGCUGAAAUCUUUGGAGUCCUCCGCGACAUCAAAUCUCUAGCAUCUUCCUUUGUCUCGAUCUCCGUCGUUUUUAUACCAAGAGCUGAAAAUACUCGAGCCGAUUUCUUGGCAAAAGCAGCGCUUGCUUCGUUUGUAACGCCGUACUUGUGA